AUGUUUGUCAAGCAUCUUCUUCCCGCCUUUGUGGCGAUCGGUUCAGUUGCAGCUCAGAGCACUUGCACUGUAGAAGAGUCCACGACGACAGUUAACAGCCAGGCCGAUGCGACUAAGCUCGCGAGCUGUGACGUGGUUGACGGGUCGGUCGUGAUCGGCACCGACACCGGCGCCAGGAUUGACAUCUCGGGUCCCAAGGAGAUCACGGGGAGCCUCGAGGUUCUUGACAAUGGUGUCCUUGAGACACUUACAAGCAGCGAUUUGGAGAAGAUUGGCGGUGCCUUCACCAUGAGGAACGUGACGCUGCUUACCGCGCUCGACUUCUCGAAGCUCACGCAGGUCCAGUCGCUCAACUGGCAGUCGCUCAACCGCAUCGCCACGCUCAGGCUCGGGCCCAUCUCGCAGGCGGAGGAGGUCACCAUCAGCGACACGUUUCUCGACAAGCUUGAUGGUAUUGAUCUCGAGAGCGUCAGGAAGCUCGACAUCAACAACAACAUGCGCCUGCAAAAGUUCACCACCCAGUUGAAGGACCUCAGCGACAGCCUGAACAUCCAGGCCAACGGCAUCGGUCUCAACGUCAGCUUCCCAAACCUUGUCUGGAUUGCCAACAUGACCAUUGCCAACGUGACCGACUUCUCGGUGCCUUCGCUCGAGGUCGUCAACGGCUCCGCCCGCUUCGAUUCCAACUACUUCGAGUCCUUCAGCGCCCCCAACCUGACCCACACCGAGUCGGGCGACAUCUCGUUCGUUGGCAAUGGAGAGCUCAAGAACAUGACGUUCCCCAAGUUGACGACCAUCGGCGGCGGCCUUCUCAUUGCCAACAACACUGGUCUGGACAAGGUCGACUUCUUCCCCGAACUGCAGACCGUUGGCGGCGCCGUCAAGCUUCGCGGCAACUUCACCGAGGUUGACUUCCCCGCCCUGGAGGACGUCAAGGGCGCCUUUGAUGUUUCCAGUACCGCUGAUAUCCAGUCGUCGUGCGACAACCUCCUCAAGAAGGCACCCCAGAACCAGGGCGGCGAUGGCAAGAUCCAGGGCACUUUCUCCUGCACGGGCCUGAACGAGAACGCCAACGAGGACACCGACAGCGAGCCCACGGGCGACGGCGACGUCACCGGCUCCAACGGCGGUGAUGACAAAGGCUCUGGUGCUGCUGGUGUCACCUUCAACGCGGCUCUCUUUGGCCUCGUCGGCAUUGCUGUCCUCGCCUCGGCGCUCUAA